AUGGACAAUGAAAUUCGACCGGCCUGGCAGUCCCCGACUUUCGCUCCUAAUUCUCCUGGGACUGGUCGAGAUAGCUGGAAAACCGCUCCAGGCUCACCGAGAGAAGACUUCAGAUUCAACAUUGACGCUGUUACUAAGGAAUGCAGAACACAUUCCAGUGAUGUUGAGAAGUCGAGUAGAGAGCCAUACGUACCGAGGCGGGAUUACAACGAAAAGUUUGACCAUGCCGGACAUGAUCCAGAUAUCGACGGCAUCGACUGGAGACCUGGCUUCAAAAACCAGUUUCCAUGGAUCGGCUUUGCGGGACUCGUGGUCAUCUUCGUGGCAACUGCUACGGCUGUCAUCAUUCUGGUCUCUUCCCACAAGAAGCGAGUCAAGGACUGGCCAUUUACGAGUUUUCCGGCUCAGCCCAACGUCCUUCUGAAUAUCGCGAACCAGAUCCAGAAUCUGGGGUUGAUCACUCUGGUCAGCCAUGGACUGGCGAUCGCGUGGUGGAGAACAGCCUUGCGCGGUAGCUCUCUCCGCGUGUUACAUAAGAAUCAUGCAUAUUCUUACAGCUUCUACGCGAUUGUUACCUCCGGCAGGUACUUCAACCUGGUCGCCCUUGCCGCGCUUAUGACCAAAUUCGCUGUCGUCGAUAGCACUCUCUUCCAAAAAGCGACCAGGACAAUCGUAACUCAGCAAAAGGAGUACGCCAAUUCCACCAUGACUGGAUGGGUUGAGAGAGACUGGCCUGCGAAUUUUGGCGGGAUACCGGGGGCAGAUGGUCAUAUCAAGACGGUGGAUGCGGCAUGGGCCAGCGUCUUGGAUGCAUACAACGGCAAGCUCGCCAAUAGCAAGGUGCACGAUUCCCUCAAUGACACGGCAUCUUUCUUCGAUUGUCCCUAUAGACAGGAAUGCAGUGGUUCUAUCGAAGGCUUAGGCUUUGCGUUCGAUUGCACCACCGAAUACGAAGAUGUCGACUAUGGGCUACGGCAGUGGGAGAGAUCUGAAUCUUUCGGCACACCUCAUUUGUUGUGGGAUGUCAAAUUUAGACCAUCAUGGGCAAGCGAAACCAAGACAUACGCCAGUAUCGAACUUGAGAUGCGGUGUGUCGACAGCCACGCUGGGGAGGACGAGCAUUCCUGUCCAGGGACCAUGAAUAUCCGCACAUGCGAUAUUAGGCCCGCAGUUGUUCGGUACCCCGUUACGGUCAUGGUACCAAGUAAAGAAGAACUAGACGGCGGAAAUAUCGUUACACAUGUCAAGUUCUUCAAUGACGACCGGUUCUGGAGUACCGGUACUAACCUGAACGAUAUCACCCAAAUCGACGACUUGAAGGUGCUGAAUACCGCCAAGCUCAACGAGUACUUCAACGAGACCUCUACUGUCGGAGCAUUGGCCUACAUCAUGAACAACCUCUACGAAUCCUCCGCAAAUAUCAGCCACGGUUCCACUUGGGACAUCGUCGCGCGAGGCGCAUCAGCUCAAUCCAUCUUCUACGCUGAAUCAGAUGAAGCAGAGGACCGCUGCUGGUACAACAUUAAGAAACCUGGUCGAGAUGACCCUACCAUCGAGCUCUUGCGCAAACUCAAUACCUUGAGUUUCGUAACCUCUCUGUACAUCAAAGGCGCACCCACAACCGAUGUAGACGAACGCAAAGCCCUCGGCAUGGCCAGCCAAAACAUUACCAUAUCCGUCACCGGCAUCGUAGAAGAAUACCUCACCUCCUCCGCCUACGUCUUCGGCGCCCUCGCAGCAACCUUCAUCACCGUCAUACUCGUCCUACCCGUCUACUGGGGUUUCUGGCAACUCGGUCGCAAAGUCACUCUAGGUCCACUAGAGAUCUCACAAGCAUUCGGUGCGCCCAUCAUCGCGCCCGACAAGAUGAAAGCAUACCACGGCGACUUCGACCAGGUGCUUGAAGAUGUUGGGAGACAGGGGAGUGCAGUAUGGGCAGCUCAGCAAUGCGCCGCCGGGGCAGAUGGGACUUGCGGAGCCGGAGAGGGUGGUUGUGCCCAAGGCUAG